GCCGAGCUCCGAGCGGCGGUGUUCCUAGCCCUGGAGGAGCAGGAGAAGGUCGAGAACAAAACUCCUUUAGUCAAUGAGAGCUUGAAAAAGUUUUUAAAUACAAAAGAUGGUUGUCUGGUAGCCAGUCUUGUUGUGGAAUUUCUUCAGUUUUUUAACCUUGACUUUACCUUGGCUGUCUUUCAACCCGAAACUAGCACAUUUCAAGGUCUCGAAGGUCGAGAGAAUCUAGCCCGAGAUUUAGGGAUCAUUGAAGCCGAAGGCACUGUGGGUGGGCCUUUAUUAUUGGAAGUGAUCAGACGCUGUCAGCAGAGGGAAAAGGGGCCAGCCAAUGGGGAGGGCGCACUUGACCUCUCUGACGUACAUCCUCCACCGAAGUCGCCUGAUGGAAAAGCAAGUGUGAGCAGUGUGCCGAGUAAGAUACCAAGGUAUAAAGGACAAGGUAAGAAGAAGACAAGCGGGCAGAAGUCUGGUGACCAGAAGACCAACAGUGAGGCUAGUCAGAGUGACACAAGUGUCUCCUCAUCAGAGCCCAAGAGCAGAGGUAGUCUUCACUUCCUGGCCCAUGAGACGAAACUUGGAUCUCUCUUAAGCAACAAAUCUUUAGAUGCCAAAGACAAAGCUGGCCUCUGUCCAGGCGAAGACGAUAUGGAGGGCGAUUCUUUUUUUGAUGAUCCCAUUCCUAAACCAGACAAAACAUAUGGCUGGAAAAGCGACCCAAGGAAGCCAGUCGGAAGCCUGGCCUCUCUCUCGGACGCGCCCCCCGCGCAGAGUGGCCUCAGCUCCCUGGCAGGGGCCCCCUCACUGAACAGCUCGGAGAGUAAAAGAGGCAACACGGCUUCGAAAGAUCUGAAAGCAGUCAGUGAUAAAAUCGGAUCGCUUGGACUCGGGCCUGGAGACGAGGACGACUAUGUCGAUGACUUUAACAGUACCAGCCACCGCUCAGAGAAAAGCGAGAUAAGCAUUGGCGAAGAAAUUGAAGAGUCCCUCUCUGUGGAGCUCGAUGACAUCAACACCAGUGAUAAACUUGAUGACCUCACCCAGGACCUGACCGUGUCCCAGCUCAGCGACAUCGCAGACUACCUGGAGGACGUCGCGUAGACACCAGGAAGGAAGUGUUGUCAUGCGCAAGGAGCCGGGCUGUUCAGCUCCGUGGACUUCCAGGCAAUCAUUCUCUGCUGGAAUGUCUGCUCCUCCUCAUUGGUGCCUUGAGUUUCAAAAGACUGCAGAUAUUUUUAAAAAAGUAACUUUCCAUUUUACUAAACGACAUACUUCCGAUUGA